AAAGUUUGUUCGCCCCCGUUUUCCUCAUAUAAAUAAUAACAAGCGCAAUAUGUGCCUCGAAUCCACGUUGACAGCUCACUGGCUCCGUUCUUAAUUUGACAAAUCACUGACAAAACGCAACAACUGCAGCAUGUCGGUCGACAGCGUGUUCCGGACCCGCUCCCUCGGCGUGGCCGCUGAGGGUCUUCCUGAUCAGUAUGCGGACGGGAAAGCAGCGAAAGUCUGGCAGCUGUACAUUGGAAACACGCAGAGUAGGACGCAGGAGUAUAAAAGCUGGGUGGUGUCACUGCUGAGAAAACAGGGUGUCCGAACAGUGCUGGAUGUAGCCUGCGGAACAGGAGUGGACUCAAUUAUGUUGGUGGAGGAGGGCUUCAAUGUGAUGAGUGUGGACGCUAGCGACAAAAUGCUCAAGUAUGCACUGAAGUCAAGAUGGGAGAGAAGAAAAGAAGCAGCAUUCGACCAAUGGGUAAUUGAAGAAGCCAACUGGCUGACGCUCCCAGAAGACGUCCAGAAACCAGGAGGAAACGGCUUUGACGCAGUUAUUUGCCUUGGCAAUUCCUUCGCCCACUUACCAGAUUUUAAAGGGGACCAGAGUGACCAAAAAUUGGCUCUCCAGAACAUUGCGAGCAUGGUCAAACCAGGUGGAAUCCUCAUCAUUGACCACCGCAAUUAUGACUACAUCCUGGAGACUGGGCGGGCACCACAAGGCAAAAAUGUUUACUACAAGAGCGAUCUAACUCAGGACAUUUCCACUUCUGUGCUGUGGGUGAACAAUAAGCCACAUAUGAUCACUCUGGACUACACCAUCCAAGUUCCUCAGGCUAGUCCUCAGAGCUUGCCUGAGGUCAGUAAAUUCCGUCUCUCCUACUACCCUCACCGCCUGGAGAACUUCAAAGCGCUACUGCACGAAGCUUUCCACGGAAAAGUGGAGCACAACGUCUACGGAGAUUUCAUGGCAUACGUUCCUGGCCAAGCUCAAGCACCAUGUUACUUCAUUCACGUUUGCAAGAAGACUGCAUAGGGUCACAUGCAGAAACGUUAACGUUAGCAGUUAAACCGCAUUGAUUCUUACAAAUUCUAGUAUAUUUCAUGUCAAAGUGAUAUGACAAAGAAUAAAUGAUAAUAAUAUUUAACUCUUUCACUGCCAUUGACAAUGAUAAACAUCUAAUCAUUUGGCUUUCCCUCUGCUGUGGAUUCAAAUGAGUUUAUCACACGGAGACAUCCGAUCCAUUUGAACUGGGAGUGUGGCAGCGAAUGAACGGACGUUUGAGCGAGCGUACAACUCCCCCACUUCAAAUGGAUUAGACGUUUAUCGUCGUCAAUGGCACCCAAUGAGUUAACAAGGUUGCUAAGUAGCCAGUGGUGGCCCAAAGUGUAGUACAUUAAAUGCAAAAAGAAUGAUUUUAACUUGAUGGAUCAUGUUAAUCUUGUGCGAAUGUGUCAAGGUUUAUUUUAAAUAUAAUUAUUCUCAGCUUGAAUAACUGCUCUUUUUGUCAAGGGAAGAAAAGCAGAGGAAAAUUUUUUUGCAUUUGUAACUAUAAUAUUGCACAGUUCUUGACGUCAGUCCAAACAGAAGUCACUAAUGCCUUUGUGAACCGACCUGACGUAUUGUCUAACCCACACACAGUGUUACACAGGGUAUAACUCUGAAAGUCAUUACAAAAGUUUCAUUUGUUAACUCAUUGGCUGCCAAUGACAUUGAUAGAUGUCCAUUUUAUUUGAACUGGGAGGGUGGCAGUGAAUGAAUGUUCGCCCUCCCUUCUUCAAAUGGACUGGACGUCUACUAGUGAUAAACUCAUUUCGAUUCAAAGCAGGAUGAUUGGACGCCUAUUAUCGUCAAUGGCAGCGAAAGAGUUGCAUUUUGGGAAGUUUAAACACGUGAUCAUUGAAGAUAUGCUGUAAACCAAAGAUUUUCUUUUCUUUACUCACUUCUUUACUUUCACAUUACACAGUGAUUAAAAUGUGUAGAGAAUAAAUUAUUUUGUUUAUGUUGACCCUUACCGGGCAAUGUUAUAAAAUAUGAAGAACACAGAUUUGUCUUAGAACAAUGGGCUGAAAUGCAAUUGGUUUCAAUGUUUCUAGAGAAUAUUUCACAGCAGUCUUAAAUUGUUGGUUCUUCAAGAUGUUCAAUGGUAAGAUGUGUGAAAAUAUAAAUAACAUUUAA